CCAAUCAACACAUAAUAAAGAGAGCAUUACAUUACAAUAACUCUGUCUCUCUUUUUUAAAAUUAGGGAAACAAGGAAGCAAAAUGACACAAUAGUCCUUCUUCCCUGUUUCCACUUUCCAGGUUUUCUCCUUCUCGUUUGUUGAGCGCUUUUCUCUCCCUCUCCCUCUUCUUCACUCAGUCAGGUACGCUAACAAAUCUGCUAUUCAAUCAAUUCCUCUUUCUCUCUGAUCUACGUACGUGUCCGCAAACUGCACCUCCACUCUCCACUCAUUCCAUCUAAUCUUCCCUUUUCGCUUCAGAGAUCCAACUCCUCAUAUAAUUCAAGACAAAAUCCCGCGUUUUCUGCAUUUCUAGACGUUCUACCCUACAAGCUGCCGUAGAAAUUCAUUAUGGUGGCAACAGCUGCAACUUCAUCAUUUUUCCCUGUUACUUCACCCUCGCCGGACUCUGGUGGAGCAGGCAGCAAACUUGGUGGUGGGCCUGCGAACCUUGGAGGUCUAAAAUCCAAAUCUGUGUCUUCUGGUGGCUUGAAGGCAAAGGCACAAGCCCCUUUGAAAAUUAAUGGAACCACAGUUGUUACAUCUAAAGAAAUCUUGAAGCAUGAGGAUGAUCUACCUUCACCUCCCCCCAGGACUUUUAUCAACCAGUUACCUGAUUGGAGCAUGCUUCUUGCUGCCAUUACAACAAUUUUCUUGGCAGCUGAAAAGCAGUGGAUGAUGCUUGAUUGGAAGCCAAGGCGACCUGACAUGCUUAUUGACCCCUUUGGGAUAGGAAAAAUUGUUCAGGAUGGUCUCGUGUUCCGUGAAAACUUUUCUAUUAGAUCAUAUGAGAUUGGUGCUGAUCGAACCGCAUCUAUAGAAACAGUAAUGAACCAUUUGCAAGAAACUGCACUUAAUCAUGUUAAAAGUGCUGGGCUUCUUGGUGAUGGCUUCGGUUCCACGCCAGAAAUGUGCAAAAAGAACUUGAUAUGGGUAGUUACUCGGAUGCAGGUUGUGGUGGAUCGCUAUCCUACAUGGGGUGACGUAGUUCAAGUAGACACCUGGGCUUCUGGAUCAGGGAAGAAUGCUAUGCGCCGUGAUUGGGUUUUACGUGACUGCAAAACUGGUGAAAUCUUGACAAGAGCUUCCAGUGUUUGGGUCAUGAUGAAUAAGCUGACACGGAGGCUGUCUAAAAUUCCAGAAGAAGUCAGACAGGAGAUAGGAUCUUAUUUUGUGGAUUCUGAUCCAAUUCUAGAAGAGGAUAACAGAAAACUGACUAAACUUGACGACAACACAGCAGAUUAUAUUCGUACCGGUUUAAGUUCUAGGUGGAGUGAUCUAGAUAUCAAUCAGCAUGUCAACAAUGUGAAGUACAUUGACUGGAUUCUGGAGAGUGCUCCACAGCCAAUCUUGGAGAGUCAUGAGCUUUCUUCCGUGACUUUAGAGUAUAGGAGGGAGUGUGGUAGGGACAGUGUGCUGGAUUCCCUGACUGCUGUAUCUGGGGCCGACAUGGGCAAUCUAGCUCACAGUGGACAUGUUGAGUGCAAGCAUUUGCUUCGACUCGAAAAUGGUGCUGAGAUUGUGAGGGGCAGGACUGAGUGGAGGCCCAAACCUAUGAACAACAUUGGUGUUGUGAACCAGGUUCCAGCAGAAAGCACCUAAGAUUUUGAAAUGGUUAACGGUUGGAGUUGCAUCAGUCUCCUUGCUAUGUUUAGACUUAUUCUGGCCCCUGGGGAGAGUUUUGCUUGUGUCUGUCCAAUCAAUCUACAUAUCUUUAUAUCCUUCUAAUUUGUGUUACUUUGGUGGGUAAGGGGGAAAAGCUGCAGUAAACCUCAUUCUCUCUUUCUGCUGCUCCAUAUUUCAUUUCAUCUCUGAUUGCGCUACUGCUAGGCUGUCUUCAAUAUUUAAUUGCUUGAUCAAAAUAGCUAGGCAUGUAUAUUAUUAUUCUUUUCUCUUGGCUCAAUUAAAGAUGCAAUUUUCAUUGUGAACACAGCAUAAUUAUUAUUCUUAUUAUUUUUGUAUAGCCUGUAUGCAAGAAUGACUUGUCCAUCCAAUACAACCGUGAUUGUAUGCUCCAGCGUGUAUUUAUGCAAGCUUCCCACAUGGGAAUUAUUGUGUGCAAAA